AUGCGCUCUUUCGCCACUAUCAUGGCUGCCGCCGCCCUGGCCCAGACCGCAAUGGCCCACUACCGCUUCAACAAGCUCAUUGUUGGUGACGAGGUUACCAAGGAGUACGAGUACGUUCGCCAGAACAGCAACAUGAACUCUCCCGUCACCGAUGUCACCUCCAAGGACCUUGUUUGCAACGUUGGUGGUCUUGACACUGGUGCUCAGACCUCCACUUACAAGGUCGCUCCUGGUGACACUGUCGGUUUCGCUGUCGACACUCCUAUCCAGCACCCUGGCCCUCUCAACGUCUACAUGUCCAAGGCCACUGGUGAUGCUUCCGAGUACGACGGUUCCGGUGACUGGUUCAAGAUCUACGAGAUGGGUGCCAACAAGGCCGGCGACAACGGUCUUACCUUCAAGGCUGACAAGCUUGACAAGGUCACCUUCACCCUCCCUGACGAGACCCCCGCUGGCCAGUACCUUCUCCGUGUCGAGCACAUCGGUCUUCACAGCGCUUCUUCUUUCGGUGGUGCCCAGUUCUACAUUUCUUGCGCUCAGAUCGAGGUCUCUGGCAGCUCUACCGCUAAGCCUGACCCCACUGUCAAGAUCCCUGGUGUCUACACUGGCCACGAGGAUAGCAUUGAGCUGAGCAUCUACUACCCCAUCCCUGUUAACUACCAACCCCCUGGCCCUGCCGUUUGG